CAGACUGAGAGCACAUGUUAAAUAUAGAGCGGUCUCUCACUGAGAACAGACCGGCUGCAGCAGAGGAAGAGGAGGAACAGGAGGAAGAGGAGGUUUUAUUUCUCUGGGAGCUCACAGAACAAACUGCACCCUGCUCUGUUAGAGAAAAAGAGGAGAAGAUAUUUCACACAUUAUCAGUGAUGUGUGUUAUCCAUCAGUGACGUCGUCUCACAGGACCAGAGACUUUUUAUUGGGACUGAAAAUCUGUGACCUCUGAUAGGCUGAGAGCAGGCAUGUGAGACUCGUCUGGCUGGACGUUUGGGAGUGAUGUCAGCUGAUCAGCGCUGAUUACAGCUCCGCACAAACCAGCAGGAAACCAGUUCCUCUCUCAGACCACCAGUUAAACCACGGUGAGCGGCGGGGCCGGGAACCUACCGUGAUAAAGCACUCCCAAUUUCAUUUAGGGGGCAACUAAGAGGGGGGUCUGGAUAUGUAGGCAGACGAUGCGCUCCAGGAACUGCUCCAUGGAGGGUCCAGAUGACGGACACAUCCAGCCCACGAAAGGCUGCAUCAAACAGGAAGAGGAGAAUACACCGGAGCUCACCAAGAGGAAGAUGAAGGUCCAGAAACCCUCUAAACCCGCAGAGAGCAAGAAGGCCGCUCGGGAUCUGUCCAAGUCUGAGUUACUGCACCUGCUGGGAAUCAUGGAGGGAGAGGUUCAGGCCAGAGAGGACAUCAUCACUCUUCUGCAGGCGGACAGAUCCAGACCCGAGGUUCUGGAGGCUCACUACGCCUCAGCCUUCCCGACCAAACCUCUUCAGGCUCUGCAGAGAGAUGCCGCGCUCAGAGACAAACACACCGAGGACGUCUACGAGAAACCCAUGGUCGAGCUGGAGCGUCUGGAGGAGAAACAGAGGGAGACGUACCGGCGGAUGCUGGAGCAGCUGCUGAUGGCGGAGAAGUGUCACCGGCGCACCGUGACCGAGCUGGACAACGAGAAGCUGAAGCACGGCGACUUCAUGAGCAAGAGCGACGACUUCACCAACCUGCUGGAGACCGAGAGGGAGAGACUCAAAAGGCUGUUGGAGCAGGAGAAGGCUUACCAGGCUCGUAAGGACAAAGACCACAACCGGCGGCUGGAGAGGGUACGAGCGGAGCUGGUGAAGCUCAAGUCUUUCGCCCUGAUGUUGGUGGAUGAGCGGCAGCUGCACAUCGAGCAGAUCGACCAGCAGAGCCAGAAGAUCCAGGACUUCGUUCAGAAGCUGCAGGAGAAGGAGCAGCGUCUGGCGGCAGUCAGUGACUCCGCCAAGGAGUACGGCCAGAAACUCCUCAACCUGGAGGCUGAGCUGGAGCACAGAGCGGCUAAAUUUGCACAGGAACACGAGGAGAUGACGGCGAAACUGGCAAACGAGGAGUCCCAAAGCCGACAGCUGAGGCUUAAGAUGGCGGGGUUGGCGCACAAGAUCGAAGAGUUAGAGGAGAGCAAUAAGACGUUGCAGAAAUCAGAAGAAGACCUGCAGGAGCUCCGGGAGAAGAUCAGCAAAGGGGAGUGCGGGGAUUCGUCUCUCAUGACCGAGCUGGAGAAUCUGCGGAAGAAAGUUCUGGAGAUGGAAGGCAAGGAUGAGGAGAUAACCAAAACAGAGACUCAGUGCAGGGAGCUGAGGAAAAAGCUGCAGGGCGAGGAGAACCACAGCAAGGAGCUGAGGCUGGAGGUGGACAAACUGCAGAAAAGGAUGGUUGAACUGGAGAAGCUGGAGGGGGCUUUCAGUAGAAGCAAUACAGAGUGCGCUCAGCUUCAUGCAAACCUGGAAAAGGAGAAACGUGUCGUGAAGGAUCUGGCCGGGGAGCUGGAGACGGUGAAGACCCGGCUGAGGGAACUGGAGGGCUCAGAGUCGAAGUUUGAAAAGGCAGAGUUGCUGUUAAAAGACGAUCUGAUGAAGUUGAAGUCCUUCACAGUCAUUCUGGUGGAUGACAGGAAAAAUAUAGCGGAAAGACUCAAACAGGAAGAACAAAAGAGUGAGGAUUUAAGCAAGAUGUUUAAAGCGGAGCAGGGCAAAGUUACAGAGGUCACAGAGAAGCUGAUCGAGGAGAGCAAGAAACUUCUGAGAUUCAAAUCAGAGAUGGAGGUCAAGGUGUCGUCUCUCGCUAAAGAGAAAGACGAGUUAAAGACUCAGCUCGCAAGUGAAGAGGAAAAGUGCAAGCAGAUGAAUACCAAACUGAAAAUAAGAAUGGAUGGACUCGAGGAGACGGAGAGGGAGAUACAGAGAAAGUCGUUCAACAACAGAAACCCAGAGGAAGACAACAAAGUCAAAGAGCUCACGAUUGAAAUUGAAAGACUUAAAAGCCGGCUGAAACAACUUGAAGUGGUGGAAGGGGAUUUGAUGAAGACUGAGGACGAGUACGAUCUACUGGAGAAGAAAUUCAGAACGGAGCAGGACAAAGCCAACACUCUCUCCAAGAUUCUGGAGGAAAUGAAAAGCCAGAUCGCCAGGAACAAGGCCAUAGAGAAAGGCGAGGUGAGUCCCGAGGCUGAGCUGAGAAUCCGCUGCAAGUCAGAGGAGGCUAAAACCAGAGAGCUGCAAGCCGACGUCCGGGCUCUGAAGGAGAAAAUCCACGAGCUGAUGAACAAGGAGGACCAGCUCUCGCAGCUGCAGGUGGAUUAUUCUGUCCUGCAGCAGAGGUUCAUGGAAGAGGAAGAGAAGAAACGGAGCAUGAGCUACGAUUUUGCCAACCUCGCCAACGAGCUGGAAGCCACCAAGAGGUACAGCCGCGCCUUGAGGCCGAGCAUGAACGGUAAGAGGAUGGUGAAUGUCCCGGUGACCUCCACAGCGGUGCAGACGGACGCCAUGAUGGGCGAACCUGCAGACGACGACACAGCGGCGGGAUUCAUACGGAAAUCAGUCCUCGAGGAAAACCACCUAAUGAGCAACCUCAGGCAACGGGGUCUAAAGAAGCCAGCAGUUCUCGAGCGAUACCCUCCGGCAUCGGCAGAUCUGGCGGACAAAAAAUCCUGGAUCCCCUGGAUGAAAAAGAAAGCGGCCAUUAGCCUCACUCAGACUCUGACUGACAAGAUGAAUCGCGCCUCCUUGAUCCAUCCGCCGGAGACCAGCAGGCCAUGCCAGCCUUUGCACAUUCGAGUCACCCCCGAUCACCAGAACAGCACCGCCACCUUGGAGAUCACCAGCCCCCGAGCAGAGGACUUCUUCUCCAGCACCACCAUCAUCCCGACUCUCGGCCUCCAAAAACCCCGCAUAACCAUCGUCCCAAAGCCGACGACCCUGGCCUCGAAGAGUAAAGACUGCGACCCACUGGGAGCCUUCGACCGAGCCAAAUCUCCAGUCACGAUCACCGCCAUCUCCAGGGCCAAGAGUCCGGAAAAGCCCUGCAGCCCUUUGGAAAGACUCCAGUCGCCGCUAUCCUUCAUCAGGGUCGGCUCCACCCCUGUGGCUGAAGCGUGUGCUGCACCUGAGCCCCAGGACACCAUGGCAGGCCGGACCACGGUGAUAAAAGUGACGCCGGACAAGCCCCCUUUCAGAAAAUACAGCGGCAACAGCAGCAUCAUCACCACGGAGGACAACAAGAUCCACAUCCACCUGGGUCCGCAGUAUAAGAGGCCUUCGGAGGGAUGCAGCAGCUCAGUUUUGACGCUCAGAUCUUCAGAAAGCAGUAAGGAAGUGUCGACAGGUACCGUGCUGCGCUCCCCACGCCAGUCCUUGGUGGGGAAGACGAUUCAGAGCAAAAUGACAAGCAGCAUAACGAUCACACCCAUCUCCUCAGCGUCCUCCAGACCAGCACCUUCAAUGCCCAUUUCGGAUGUGCUCUCACCUCGCAGUGCAGCCACUCGGAUCCCGAUGUGUAAAGGUAUGAAACCGAACAGCAAGGCGGUUCUGGGCGUGUCGACGGUGACCAGGUUAGAGUCGCGGGCCGAGAGCCAGUCGAUGAAAAUCGAGCUGAGGAAGUCGACGCUGUACAGCUCGUCCUCUGCAGCGGGGGGCAAGAGCUGAGGGCUAAACAAGAGAUGCUUCAUUUUUGAGUUGGUCUCCAAAUAUAAGUGGCAGGCCGCACACGCACAAACGGGACUAGCCUUCCAAACACUACUUCAUUUCACCUGCAGUUUGCUGCCAGACUGACUGCAUGUCUCAUCCAUUUCUUUAACUUCAUCUUGGUGAUAUUGGUGGCUGUACUGAAGCUUUGAAUUAGGUCUCAUCCUUUACAUGUUACUCCAAAGCAUGAGUUUAUUCCCCCACUGCUUCUGGAGGUUUCCAGUCACUGGAGCACUGUGAAUUGUUUGUGAACUGUCACGAUUUGUGAAAAAAGUGCCAAAAUAAAAACUAUUUAUCUCUGAAAUGUGUGUGUGUGUGUGUGUGUGUGUGUGUGUGUGUGUGUGUGUGUGUGUGUGUGUGUGUGUGUGUGUGUGUGUGUGUGUGUGUGUGUGUGUGUGUGUGUGUGUGUGUGUGUGUGUGUGUGUGUGAUUAACCCAUGCUGCUAAACCAAAUCAACAAACAUUUUCAGAGCUUACAUUUCAUGUGUCCAUCGCUUGUGUGAAAAUGAAUACGUUAAUUGAACUCAAAACAAAGAGUCCACUCUUCAGUGGACAUUAGUAUUAAUAAAUGUGACUCCAUAGAAGAAAGGUAAAGGCAGAAAUUCAAGGUAAUUUUAAACAAUAAAAGCUGCGUUUGUGUUAAAAAAAUAGUGCACUUUUUAAAAUAAAUCAGAUGAAUGCAUUUAUAACCCAACUUCCAUAUCCAUAUGUGGGGAAUAGUGGUCUGUGUGGGCCGACAGGAGCUGCUGCUAACGGCUCAAUAUGGUGUUAAUGUAAAGCGGCUUGGAGAAUCCAUGGGGGUCUUAGAAAGCAUACAGCUCUCUCUAGUGGACACAAAUAAUAAUGUCAGGAAGUAACUCUCAUACUGCAUCUGUAUUCAAACACAAACCGUUACACCAGAAUCAUCUGCAGGUUCUGUUUCUGUAAGAGGAGACCGGGGAACAAGAGCUUUCUCAGCUUUAAUAAUCUUCAGACAGCCAGGAGGACAAUGUGCUGAUGUGAGGAAACAGGACUGUGUGAAAGAGAGAGUGAUAGGACUGAGGGAGGGUAUAGAGUGUGUGAGAAGCAUCUGGGAAACACUGAUUCACAAACAGCAGCGUGUUGACCUCUGCAGACAUUAGUGAGGAUCCUCUGGGAACAACUUCAGAGGAUACGAUUCUUAAACCACACCUGAGGUUCUUUUACUCUGAGGGAAGGGUUUGAAACGAGCGGUCAGAGAAAGAGGUUCAUCAGUGUCAGCGGGGCGGGGGGGGUGACCUGAGUCUAUCGAAUAUUCGAAAACUGUUCAAACCAGAGGGGAGAAGUAAAAGUAGAAGUACUCAGAUCGUGUACUUGAGUAAAAGUAGAAGUACUCAGAUCGUGUACUUGAGUUAAAGUAGAAGUACUCAGAUCUUGUACUUGAGUAAAGUAGAAGUACUCAGGUCUUGUACUUGAGUAAAGUAAAAGUACUCAGGUCUGGUACUUGAGUAAAGUAUAAGUACUCAGAUCUUGUACUUGAGUAAAGUAGAAGUACUCAGGUCUUGUACUUGAGUGAAAGUAGAAGUACUCAGAUCUUGUACUUGAGUAAAGUAGAAGUACUCAGAUCUUGUACUUGAGUAAAGUAGAAGUACUCAGGUCUUGUACUUGAGUAAAGUAGAAGUACUCAGAUCUUGUACUUGAGUAAAAGUAGAAGUACUCAGAUCUUGUACUUGAGUAAAAGUAGAAGUACUCAGGUCUUGUACUUGAGUAAAAGUAGAAGUACUCAGGUCUUGUACUUGAGUAAAGUAGAAGUACUCAGGUCUUGUACUUGAGUAAAGUAGAAGUACUCAGAUCUUGUACUUGAGUUAAAGUAGAAGUACUCAGAUCUUGUACUCAGAUCUUGUACUCAGAUCGUGUACGUGUUUCUCAGGGUUCCACAUCUGUUGUAAUUUCCAGGUUCACUGAUGGACAGCCGACGCUGAUCUGAGAUCUGUGAUGGAGCUCCAGAGGACCCUUCUUCAUGCACAUUUCUUCAUCAGUGGCUGUAUUUAGUACGAAUUUGGCACAAAACUGUCCUAAAAAUAAUGUUUGUUUCCGUGUGCUUUAAAUAUAACAAUCCGUGUUCUGAGUGGAUCAACCAUUUUCCACCAUAAAAUGGGUCUGAAGAAAGAAAACUGUAGAACUGAAGGAGUUUUGUUUAGUGUGAUAUUACAGGAGAGUUCAUGGAGGUUUAGAAAUAUGUUUUUCUGCUGAGAAAAGAGAAUUAUGUUUUUAUUAAAGUCUAUUAAUGUUUAAAAUACAGCCCGUGCUUUUCUUCAAAUUAUGUAAUUUGGUUGUGAACAGACUUUAUAAUACAAACAUGUGGUUUGGAUAAAUGUGUGGAAAGCAACGGCAUGGAAAUGGAAAGUAUAUUUCAUGGGUUAAUAAACAGAAGGAGCUCA